UUAUCUAUCCCAUCGCGCCCAUACAGUCCUAUCCAGAGCUACUAGCCGAGAGCGAAGCUCCGACUCAUCCAGCCGAACAGUCGAUCCAGUCCAAAAGAUGGCGCACAUGCGCGUGGUUCACCGGGACGAGGAGGGCCACAUGGUGAAGGAGAAGGUGCCGAUCCCGGAGACGCGGCACCCGGACACGGCGAGGCACUUCGAGCGCAAGUUCGAGGAGAAGGGCCUGCACCGCUUCGAGCGCCACCCGGCCAACGGGCCCCGCGGCAUCGGCGCGCCGCCGCCCAAGUCGGGCCGCGGCGGGAAGUUCACCUGGGAGGGCCCCGACGGGAUCGUCGACAGCGAGCUCGAUCCUCUGCCGGCGGCCAUCGACCGCAACGACCCCAACUACGAGGAGGAGGGGGAGGGGGAGAUGGAGGAUGUGGCCAAGGACGCGCUGGUCGGGGAGGUGGAGGUGGCCAAGGUGGCCGAGGCCAGGGACGGUGUCGCCAGGGUCGACGUCGCGCCGCCGCUCCUGCAGGACCUGCAGUAGGAGGAGCUGGCUCAGCGCCGUGUGAGCGUUCCUAGUGUGCGUUGUUGUGUGGACUUGUCAGUGCUGAAUUACCAUGUAGCUAUCAAUAAUCAAGCGUGGAACAAGCUCUAAUUUACUUC